AUGGACCCAUUUUACAAAUCAUGGGAAGGUUAUUAUACAUGUACAGUAAAGGAGAAUACGGCUACACAUAAAACAUGGACAACAGAUCCAGUGUAUUUAAAGUCUCCAAUAAAUGAAAGCAACACAGCUCCAGCAAGAAUCAAUUACGUAAAGACGGAUUAUCAGCGGACACUAGUAAAAAGUGGUGAAGAUGUUCGGUUUCGAUGCUCUGUUGACGGUAUCCCAGAGCCCAAAGUAACAUGGAAAAAGAAAGGAAAUGAGGAAUUUUCGUCUAUGGAACCUGUGUUACAUUUCCCCUCAAUAACCAGAGAGGAUCAAGGACAAUAUGUGUGCGUGGCUGAUAAUGGAAUUAGAAAGACCAACAAAACUGCAAAUCAAAUAUAUGUUAGAACUUUUAAACCAGUCAUUAAAUAUGCCAACCCAACUGCAGGUGUUAUAACUUUACGACAGGAUGAAGUAAACUAUAACACACUAAAAGAAACCAACAUGGAGUAUAAAGAAAUGGCAGUUAUAGUAGAAGGUUAUCCUGACCCACAUGUUACUUGGUGGAAGAUUAAUGAAAAUGGUAGAGAACGACUACCUGAAGAUUCUAGUAGUUACUGGGAUCGUGGAUUUGAAUUCUACAGCGAAUCAAUUCGCAAUGAUGAAAGUUUCUACCCAGAUGAAGGAUCGAAAUCGAUUAGGUUACGAAUCUAUAAUGUUUCUCCUGUAGACCUUGGAACCUAUGUCGUUAAAGCAGAGAACCAACUUGGUACAGCUGAGUUAACAUUUACAAUGAAAAUUGAGUCUAACUAACAUAUAACUAGAGGAUAAGAAACAACUACCAGAAGUUACCAGGUCAUCUAUCAUUUAGCUUAUACUUUCCUGAAUCUACAAUAUAAUAAAA